AUGAAAAAGUUUAUCACUAUUGCUGGCGCUCUCAUGUUAGGAUCAGUUGUUGCAACUGAAAAGGUUUUGAACGAAGCUCAAUUAGUUCAUGCUCUUGAACAUGAUCUCAUUGCUGCUGAGCAAGACGUCUCUCUCAUCAAGGACCACCUCCAAGGAAUCAUGAAAAGAAGAUCAAGAUCAGCUGAUCCAAGAGUUGAAAGAUCAUCAUCCUGGAGCAAAAUCCACCACGCUACCGGUGCUCUUAAUGAUCUCACUCAAGCUGGUGUUGCCAUCUAUGGUGCUACUCAAAUCCCACACGUCGAAAGAGGCUUCUCACUACAUAAACUUGGCCAUGCCACCGGUAUUGCAGGUGACCUUGUCAACAUUGGAACCUCAAUCUAUGGAGCAACUCAAUAUCCACAGGUCGAAAGAGGCAUCUCACUCCACAAUCUUGGCCAUGCCACAGGUAUUGCUGGUGAUCUUGUCAACAUUGGAACCUCAAUCUAUGGUGCAACUCAAUAACCACACGUUGAAAGAGGCAUCUCACUCCACAAUCUUGGCCAUGCUACCGGUAUUGCAGGUGAUCUUGUCAACAUUGGUACUAGCAUUUAUGGCGCCGUCCAUCAACCACAUGUCGAGAGAGGCAUCUCCCUACACAACCUUGGCCAUGCUACCGGUAUUGCUAGUGAUCUCGUAAAUAUGGGAACUUCAAUCUAUGGUGCUACCCAAAUGCCACAUGUUGAGAAAUUCAAGUUGAACAGCCACAACCUUGGACAUAUUGGUGGUAUUGCCACUGAUCUUGCAGGUAUUGGCCUCAACAUCUAUGGUGCCACUCAAAUCCCCCAUGUUGAAGGAUGGCUCGGAGCUCUCGGUGAAGCCACUGGUAUUGCUGGUGACCUCGUUGGAAUGGGCACUGGUAUCUAUGGAGCCGUUCACCACGUUCAAGCCAUGCCUGAGGACGAGGAAGACGACGACAUCGAAGUUGAAGCAUUCAGAUCCGGAUCAAGAUCUAGCGGAAGAACUAGCACUUAUAAGCCAAUGCACCCAAUUGAUAUUGCACAAAAGGGAUCUCAAAUUAUCUCAGGACUCGGUGAGACCGGUGCUGGUAUGUACAACCAAAUUAUGCAAGGACAAGCUGCCGCCGCUCAAAAGGCAUAUUAUGAACAACAAAUGAACCAACCACACGUUGAACAAUAUUGGGACGGCCCAGUCUACGUUAGACCAACCAGAUACGUCUACAAUAUCCCAGCUGGCGGUGUCAUCUACCCACAUGACGAAUGA